UUGGCAAUGCUGUCAUUUGUACAAGAUUUUGGCGUGGAAAUGUUGGGGUUGCUUUGGUAGAAAGUUGUGCUCAAUGUAAAAUUUCAGAAAUUGAAUAAUACAGAAAUAAUUUUUUUCUUUCUUUUCAAUUGCAUCUCAGUAACAUGGCGCCUCAAAAAGGAAAGCAAGGCACAAAAGGCCAAAAACAGAUUGUUGAAGAAAAUAAAGGAACUUUAAGGUUUUAUACUAUUAUGGCAGUUACUGCUGAACUGUUAUACAUUGUUGUGAUGAUAUCAGUAUUUUGGGAGGCUUAUACAAUUUUAUAUGUAUUUCUGACACUUUUAACUGUAGCACUGUAUGGAGGAAGUCUUCAGUUUAUGUCUUACAUGGCUCGAGCAUCUUAUUCAGAAACAGGUCAACUCUUAGAUGGGGGUAUUGAUCUCAAUAUGGAAUCUGGUAUUGCAGAGCAUUUGAAAGAUUUAAUAAUACUCACUGCUGUUACCCAGGUGUUGUCUCUUGUAUCUAAUUAUUUUUGGAUAUUAUGGCUUUUG